AGUUAUUCGAGAUCUUUUACCAAUAUUGUGUGCAGCGACGGCUGAUCGACGUCAAGAGAAGAAGAAGAAGAAGCUGGAGAAUCAGAGAAAAUAAACAAAAAGUUAUAUAUACAUAUAUAUGUAUACAUUUACACGUGUGUGUCUCUAGACCGGAAGUCUGAUUAAACGGAAAUGGAAAUUAAAUUAUAGAAACUAAAGAUCAUCAAAGAUAGUUUUGCUUAAUAUUUCGCGUGUGCCAAGCUUACUAAAUUUAAUACAAAACAAACAAAAAAACAAAAAACGAAAAAGCGUGCCUGCCAAUUUAAGUUAACCUGGCUAAGACUGCAUUUCUUGUUGUUGUUUUCGUUUUUGGCCAGACGUCAAAUUCGAUUUUUAUGACUUUUGAAAGCGUGACUAAGACGUGAUUUAUGAUGGCGUGUGGUUUUUAAUAUUCAUGUGGACGCGCUCCGAACCUCUCCAACCUGCGUAGGUGCGCCAAACAAUAAAAAAUACAACAAAAUCACCGCAGCAACCAGCAACAUCUCGGCCCCGAGGCCUUAUCCCCCGAUAUCCAGCUGAGUGUGUGCGUGGAUUCGACUUUUUUAUGGAGGCAGUUAAGCAUUUGAGUGCCGCUGCUGCUGCCGCUGCUGCUGCUGCUGCUGCUGCUGCUGCAGCUGCAACUUGCAGCAAUAUGCCGGCCAAAGCAGCAACAUCACCAACAGCAACAGCAACAACAACCAGUGAUAUUGCCGAGGCGCUAAGCGAUCUGGAGGCAGGCACAACAGCAGCAACACCAGCCAGCACCGCAGCAACAUCGUCCAAGCACAACAGCAACAGCAAGCCCACAGCAACACCCACUAAUAAGAAAAGCGAGAGUUGCAACAGCAACAGCAAGUGCACGCCGGCAACAUCGCCGAUUGCCAGUAAGACCAGCAGUGCUGCCAUGGCAGCUGCAACAGCAACGGCGGCAGCAGCAACAAACGAUCUUGCAGCGGCUGCAGCAGUUGUCCUUUCGCUGCAAGGCACCAUGGUCAGUAGUUUGCAACAGGCUGCCCUAUUGCCGGCAAAUUCGGCGGCAGCAGCUGCCCUGAAUCUCCAGGCUUUGGAAUCCUAUUUGGCAUUGCAGCGACUCACUGGCAAGUCGGAUGUGUUUCGCUUUUCCAGCAAUAGCAACACUAGCAACAGCAGCAGCAAUAGCAACAACACUGCAACCUGCAACAGCAACAGUGAAACGGAGAACAACGCCUUGCCCUCGCUGAUAGAUAUAGCCAAUAUAGAACUCAAGUCGAGUUGUUCAUCGAGUUCCUCGGGGGAACCCCCUUUGUCGGCGACAGCAGCAACAUCAACUGGCACGGCAGCAACAUCUUCGCCUAGCAGCAACACCAUCAACUCUUCGGCAGCGACAUCAAAGUGUCUGCCCCUGCCAUCGAUUGGCACCGUAAGUGCUGCUGCUGCUGUUGCGGCUGCUGCAGCAGCUGCAGCAAAUCAUCAGGCGGCACUCGAUUGCGCAACAGCCGCAGAAUUGGCAGCAGAAUGCGAUCUACCGCUGUUGGAUGGCGAGGAUGCAUUAUCCUUCGAGGCUGGCGACUUGGACAGCAGCUAUGGUAGCUUUAUGUUCAAUCCAUCGGCGUUUAGCCAAGCGGAAACGGAUUCGGCCUUGCACUCCCUACAGGCCACCAUGUAUCAGGACAAGAUGAACGUUAUUUCGGGGGCGGCAGGAGGCGGGGCAGGAGCGGUGGGGGGCGUGGAGGAGGCAGGCAGCUCGACGACAGCAGCGGCGGCGGCAGCGGCCGCUCAGCGGUCCAAGAAACAAUUCAUCUGCAAGUUCUGCAACCGACAGUUCACCAAGUCCUACAAUCUGCUCAUCCACGAAAGAACGCACACCGACGAGAGGCCCUACUCCUGCGACAUCUGCGGCAAGGCCUUCAGGCGGCAGGACCAUCUGAGGGAUCAUAGAUAUAUCCACUCCAAGGAGAAGCCCUUCAAGUGCGCCGAGUGCGGCAAGGGAUUCUGUCAAUCGCGAACUCUGGCUGUGCACAAGAUCCUCCACAUGGAGGAGUCGCCGCACAAGUGUCCCGUGUGCAACCGCUCCUUCAACCAGCGAUCCAAUCUGAAGACCCACCUGCUCACCCACACGGACAUCAAGCCGUACAAUUGUGCCUCCUGCGGGAAAGUUUUCCGGCGGAAUUGCGACCUGCGGCGCCACAGUCUCACCCAUAAUUUAGCCGCCGGUGUGGGCAGUGUGGUGGGUGAUUUAUUCGGCUCAAGUUCCAGUUCUGAUCUAGGAUUACCCACAAACUCUACAAGUACUUCCGGUUCCUCCAGGGACUUGGUGGCCGUCAGCGAUUGAUCUUAAACGCCCCACUCAAUAAAAUGAAAUCUCAUUUGCGGCUCUCGUGAAUACGAAUCCCUCCAUUUCGUAAUCGUAAUCGUAAUCGUACUUACUAAACAUCAUUUAGUUUAGCCUAAGUUUAGUCUCUAUAAUUUUGAUUUAAGCCAUGGAUAUUUGUGACGUAAGCUUAGCAGGAAAGUUUGACUUUGUGUAAGGCAUGCGAUAUGUUUAGAAAUUAAGUAAAAAUUGUGGACUUUUAUUGACUAUCGAAUAAAUGAUAAUAGCUUAAAAGGAAA